CUAUAUCGAAGAGGUAGUUAGGCGAAAGUAAUUCUUCAGCUUCGUCUUCGUGAGACUUACGUCAGCGAGUCGGAUUUUAGCGGAUCGAGAAAGCCUCCCAAAGGUCAGUCCUUUUCUUAAGCAGCACAAAGGUACAUAUCGAGGAAGAAUGGCCGCCGUUCCGCAAGCGUCUGCCUCUCCAGCCAUGUCGGACAUCACCAUCCACGUUCUUGUGGGCUCGCAAUAUGCGGGCAAAGUCCUUGCCGGGCUCGAUUCCCGCUCCAUUCCGCACAAAACCGUGUCUGUCCCUCUCAAGCCUAGCUCGCGCAAGCUCCCUUCUGGUGGACUGCUAUCCCCUGAGAUGACGUACCGCACUUCCGACGGUGAGCUGGUGAUCGUUCCAGACAGCAGUGCCAUCCUCCGAGAGAUCGAUGAGAAAUGGGUCGCUCCCUCUACCGGGGAUAAAGAAGUCGUGGUCGGAGGCGCUACUCCGCCUCCGGUGCUGCUGGAUACGAGUGGUGACCAAGUCGAUGGACAAAAGUCAGCCUCCCUGGCGAAGUUUUUCCCGUCGCCCGAGCUGAGGAAAUUGGAGCGCGAGAUCGAUUUGAAACUGAACUCGUACGUCAUGUACUACAACUGGGUAAAUCAGCCGACUUUCGAAAAGACCAUGCUUUUGCGGGUGAUGACAAUCGUGCCGGCUUGCGUUCCGUGCAAGCGCGCCAUCAUUAUGAAGAAGAUCGCGCCGAAGCGUGCACAGAUUCGCAAAGACGUGGCAGAAAACCUGGGCAAGACGGAUGGAGAGCUCAAUGACGAAUUUUACGACCGGAUGAGUCUGUCACUGGACAUGGAUGUGAGUAAAAAGUAGGAGGUAUCAAGAAUCGUUGAGAAUUUUCGAUAUCAGAAGUAUUGGUGCUUAGCAGGUCGGUCCUUCCUGACCCUGAGAUGAAUCCAGUGAUACGACAGCACAAUGACCUUGGGGCACUUGGUCUCGUCGUCGAGUCUACCCCCACGCUCUUUCUGGUUUGGGUAAACUACUAUGACUACUCCAUCCAUCCAAAAGCACUAGUAUUGUGAUACACAGCUCUAACAAAGGGAAAUCCGCAAGGAGUUGAUCGCGUUCCUGGGGGAGCUGGCGGAAAACAGCCUCAUCGUCGACACGCCAUCGAAGGACACGCUGAAUGCAGCGCAGUGUGCAGUAUACUCCUUCCUCGGCAGGUUCAUCGGGGAAAUGGGCGAUGCAUGUGACCGGUACCCUGCAGCCUUGCCUGAAAUCGAGUCGGAGGCUAAGCUUGAGCCGCUUUUUCAGUGGCGACGCAAGGUGCAGAAACUGGUCCCACUCAAGUUCCGGAAAUUUUAGUUCGAUGGAGGUUCCGAAAUUUUGACCUCGUAGAAAGAGUCCACAUGACGCAGCAUUACUUGGACUGCUGCUGUUGUAACGACACGUAGGAGAAGAAGUACAGUCCAAAGACCACAAGCAUAGAGAAGAAUGAGAUGCCAAAUGAACCUAAUUCAGUACUAGUACAUAGCUACCUACAAGAUGAAUUAGAAUCAUGCGCAUAAUCAGUGAUCUGCGUGCCGCUUCGAUUCCGGAGUCGCAGAAAGAGACUUUUUCUCAGCUGUCGAGUUCUAGUGGAGGUGAAUGUGGGACGGAGGCACGUAAUGCGCUGGAGGCAUGAUGAAGGAGUCAGUCGACUUUAUUUUUGCCAUAUUUUGAUGUAACGACAACUAGUAACUAAGCAAGAAUUUGAGUCAUUUUUUUUGGUGCACAAUAAUACGCAUACGAAACAUAAGCUUAACAUCCGCAAGCAAACAAUAUACAACUCAUAUUACAACAUGAAUGUAGUGUUUUUUCGUGGGGGAUGAAAAUGAAAGGUUCAUGAUUGGUGAAAAUUUGCCAUUGUUAUUGUUUUUGUCUAUUAGCAAU